AUGAAUGCAGACUCGCAAGAAUACCUUACCUUGGCCACUCUAACUAGCCAGCGUGAAGGUAGACUGCCAAGGCACACUAAGAGCGGCCUCGGAGCUUCCCGCUGCCGCCGAGCCGACACAUUUCGACAUGGCGGAGCGGAGCGGGCGCUGCAAGCUCAACUCACUCUCACCACUCUGCUACUUCACUGCAGUCAUUGCCAGCGGGCACGCGAAAGACCAGGCGACAGGUACUUCGCGCUCCACCGCGCACAACAGCGAACACUUGCACGCAAGAAGGCAGGCUGUCGACCGGGCCUGUCGUGGGUAACUACGAGAGGGCAGACUCGGCGCAAAGCUCGACCAAGGCUCGAUGUGCAAUCUGCACAAUGUCCAGCUACUCGGCCUCGGAGUUGA